UCACUCACUCUCGUUUAUGGGACUGGUUUUUGAUUCUUCAUUUUGUUUAUUUUCAUUUUCCAAUUCACUUGUCAAUGAUCACUUUAUUAACUAUUUAAACUUUUCCACCAACAAUUAGUCGUUCAUUUAAUCGUAAUAGUAAUGCCAAUUCAUCGUUUACCAACACCUAAAAAACCAUUGGAAUCAACAAAUGAACAAUCAAUUGUUUAUCAAGAAAAACCUAGAGAACAAAAAAUAUUCAAAAUAUUGGUAAUUGGUGAAGUUUCCGUUGGAAAGACCAGUAUAAUUAAACGUUAUGUUCACAAUUUAUUUUCACAACAAUAUAGAGCAACAAUUGGUGUUGAUUUCGCUCUUAAAAAGAUUGUCUGGAACGACGAUAUUGAGAUAAUUGUGCAACUUUGGGACAUCGCUGGACAGGACAGAUUUGCUUCGCUGACCAGAGUCUAUUAUAAAGGUGCUUCGGGUUCAUUUGUGAUCACUGAUUCCACUAAUCCGGAUUCAUUUGAUUCUGCAAUUAAAUGGAAAAAAGAUUUUGAUUCUAAAGUUACAUUGGAAGAUGGACAACCGGUUCCUUCAUUACUACUGGUGAACAAGUGUGAACUUGACAGAACUGGAAUUGCCAAUGAUAAAUCAAAACUUGAUUGUUUCAGUAAAGAAAAUGGUUUUUCUAAUUGGUUUUAUGUUUCGGCCGCUGAAAAUAUUGGAGUUAAAGAAGCCACCAAAUUGUUGAUUAAGGAGAUCAUGGGAACUUUGGAUAAUCAUAAUCGUACUAAUCAAUUGGAGAUCAAUGGAAAUACUCCUACGAUUGUUAAUCAAAGUUCAACAAUUGAAUCGAAACAAGUGAUUUUAACUAACAAUGAACAAGUGAUUAGUAAAUCUGAUCAGUUAAAGAAAAAAAAUUCUUGUGAAUGUUAAACAUUCACUUUAAUUACAAUUAAUUUGGAUUAACAUUUUUUCUUUGCGUUUUUGUCAACAAAUCAAACAUUUCCAUUCAUCUUUGUAAAACCAUAACUUCACAAAUUUUGUAAUUGUAUCAAUUUUGUUUUUCUCUCUCACAAAAUCAUCCAUCAAAUAACAAAUUGCAUAAAAAAUAAACGAAAUUUAAUCAACUAA